UCUGAGGAGCAGAGGAAGCUCAUUCAGUACCGAGAGGCUGCUCUGAUCCUUCCCACACAAUCACUGCCUCUCGCCCCGCACUGCAAUCCCAGGCAGUUUGCGAGCACACACCCAGAGCCUCCCACCCGCUGCCGCUGCGCCUCUUCGUUUGCUGCCUGUGGGUCCCACGUGCUGGGGACUUUCUCUGCCCAGCACUCUGCUUUGCUCCUCGUGUGCCCUGAAGAAAGAGGACGUGCUGCCCGGACUUUCCACGGUGAUGAUAGCAUUUGAAGACCUGGCUGUUUACUUUACCUGGGAGGAAUGGCAGAACAUGAACAAAGCUCAGAAAAUCCUGUACAGGGAAGUGAUGCUGGAGACCUACAGCAGCCUACUCUUCUUGGGACACUGCAUUACCAAACCUGAUUUGAUCUUUAAGUUGGAGCAAGGAGCAGAGCCAUGGAUGGUGAGCGAAUUCCUAAAUCAGAACCUUCCAGUUGCCAUGAAAAGUGAUGACAUUAUUAGGAUCAACCAGGAAAUUCGAGAAAAAAAUUUUAAGCAGAAUGUUAUUACAAAUAAUAAGACAUCAACUCCCAAAAGAGUUGAAUUAAAUAAAAGACUUAAUUUAAAUUCAAGUCAUGUUUCAAAACUGAUUAUCAAAAAAAGAAAUGAUUCAUCAAUGAAACCUGAGGAAUGCAAUGUGUGUCACAAUGUGUAUCCCCAUGGAGGAGCUGAUGAGCUGCAAGCUGGAGAGAAAGUUGGUGCCACUAAGGUAUCUGGGAACUCUGCCCAAUGCUGUGAGCCUCUUAGUGAGUAUCACAAGAUUGAGACUGUGAAGCCUUCAUUUGAACAUAGUGGACAAGGGAAAGACUUCAAAAGGAAGAAGAUAUUUAGAUUUGGCACGGUCCAUUUGGGAGACUCCUGUAAUAAGUCAACUGUCACUGUUGGAAAGACAACUCAAAUAGAAAAAACUCUUCAUAAAAAUACUAACCUCAGUAAGCAUCAACAAAUCAACACAGGAGAGAAAUUCUAUGGAGAUAUGGGAUAUGUGGAACCUCUUCUUUACAAAUCAGAUCUUUUAAUAAAUCAGAGACAAUAUAUACAGGAAAAACCCUAUGCAUGUAAGCCUUGUGGAAAAUCCUUCAGGUGUAAGUCCUGCCAUACCAUCAUUCACAGUACUUCCUUACAGGAAAACUCGCAUGAGUGUAAUGAAUGUGGAAAAGCCUUAUACCCGAGGUUAGAUAUUAUUAGACAUCAGGAAAUUCACACAGAGGACAAACCUAAUGAAUGUAAAGACUGUGGGAAAGCCUUUGGCAAGAAGUCACAACUCAUAAUCCAUCAGAGAAUUCACACAGGAGAGAAACCUUAUGAGUGCAAUGGCUGUGGAAAAGCCUUCAGCUGUAAGUCACAACUCAAAACCCAUCAGAGAAUUCACACAGGGGAGAAACCUUAUGAAUGUAAUGACUGUGGCAAAGCAUUCGGCUCUAAGUCACAACUCCUAAUCCAUCAGAGAAUUCACACAGGGGAAAAACCUUAUGAAUGUAAUGACUGUGGAAAAGCUUUUGUCAAGAAGUCACAUCUCAUAAUGCAUCAGAGAAUUCACACAGGGGAGAAACCUUAUGAAUGUAAUGACUGCGGAAAAACCUUUGGCUACAAGUCACAACUCAAAAUCCAUCAGAGAAUUCACACAGGGGAGAACCCAUAUGAAUGUAAUGACUGUGGAAAAGCCUUCGUCAGUAAGUCACUACUCAUAAUGCAUCAGAGAAUUCACACAGGAGAGAAACCUUAUGAAUGCAAUGGUUGUGGAAAAUCCUUUAGACGAAAGUCACAACUCAUAAUCCAUCAGAGAAUUCACACUGGAGAGAAACCUUAUGAAUGUAAUGACUGUGGCAAAGCAUUCGGCUCUAAGUCACAACUCAUACCCCAUCAGAAAAUUCACACAGGGGAAAAACCUUAUGAGUGCAAUGGCUGUGGACAAGCCUUUAGACGAAAGUCACAACUCAAUACCCAUCAGAGAAUUCACACAGGGGAGAAACCUUAUGAGUGCAAUGGCUGUGGACAAGCCUUUGGACGAAAGCCACAACUCAAAAUCCAUCAGAGAAUUCACACAGGGGAGAAACUUUAUGAAUGUAGUGACUGUGGAAAAGACUUCAUCUUUAAGUCACAACUCAAAACCCAUCAGAGAACUCACACAGGGGAGAAACCUUAUGAAUGUAAUGCCUGUGGGAAAGCCUUUGGCUACAAGUCACAACUCAAUAUCCAUCAUAGAAUUCACACAGGGGAAAAACCUUAUGAAUGUAAUGACUGUGGGAAAGCCUUUGGCAGUAAGUCACAACUCACAAUCCAUCAGAGAACUCACACAGGGGAGAAACCUUAUGAAUGUAAUGCCUGUGGGAAAGCCUUUGGCUACAAGUCCCAACUCAAUAUCCAUCAUAGAAUUCACACAGGGGAGAAACCUUAUGAAUGUAAUGACUGUGGAAAAGCCUUCAGAAGUAAGUCACAACUCAAAAUCCAUCAGAAAAUUCACACAGGAGUGAAACCUUAUGAGUGAAAUGAUUGUGGGAAAACCUUUGGCCAGAAGUCACAACUCAUAAUGCAUCAGAGAAUUCACACAGGAGAGUAACCUCAUGAAUGUAAUGACUACAGAAAAGCUUUUUGCUGUAAAUCACAACUCAUAACACAUGAAAGCUUCUUUAGUAAGGCUGGGUGAAUGUUGACAAAUUCAGUUUGUUUUUGUUUGAUAGGUCUUUACUUCAAAUUCAACAUAAAUGAGUACUUUGCAAGGUAUAGUAUUCUCAGUUGACUGAUUUUUUUUUUUUUUGAGACUCACACUAUGUCUUUCCAUUCUCUCAUAGAUCAUAAAGAUUCUAAUGAGAAGUCACCUGUGAAUCUAGUUGGAAAUCCUUUGAAAUUUAACUGACAUUUCUGUAUUGCACAUUUUGGAAUUUUUUGUUUUACUGUUAAAAGUUUGCAAUAUCUUUUGGCAGCCUAGACAGUCUUUCUCAUGAACCUGAGCUGGUGAAUCAAGGGAACAUAAGAUUAAAUUUCCUACGUGACACUGCAGCCAUCCAUAACUAAACAAGGAGGAUGAUCCCUAUAUUUUCUUUGCAGGCAGCCCAUCUUCCUGGAAAGCAGAUAGGAUACAGCAGAACUCAUGGGCAAUUCUAACUUUUUUAUUAAUAUGUGGUUUAGUAAGUUCAUAUUUGAAAUAAAUGUGCUAUGAAUGAAUACAUUCAAAUACAGAAAGAACAUUUUGUAUUUUCACUAACUUUACUUCUAUUUAAUUUUGAUAAUUAUACUGUGGUUUGAAAACUCACACCAGAUUAUUGCCGAUAAUUAUUCAGAGAAAUGCUUGUUUGAUGGAUAGAACUGGGAAUGUGUGGAGACUGGACUGCAGAUCCUUAAAUAAAUCUCCAUAUAUUUCCAUAUGUGCAAGUUAUACUGCCAACUGUCCAAGAUUUAUUUCCAAGAGAAUAUGUAGUUUCUCAUUCAUUCCACCCCAUAAUUUACCAUGACUGAUUGGGCCAUCUGUUGCUCCAAAGAAUAUUGUAAAUUCACCUUUUGUGUAUCAGAAAUGUUGCUUCUUGCCAAAGCUAAAUUUAGGAUGUGUUAGCAAAAUGAUGAGACUGAAUCUAUUUUGGGCUAUGCUAGUAGCCAGAAGGUGUGAUAACAGCCCUGGGAGUGAAAGAAUUUAUGAGUUAAUGGUUAUCAUGUGAAUAAGUGUCAAGAUAAAGGUCCACAAAGAAUAAAGAAUAGGGAUUCUAUCUAUAAUUUUUACUGAUAUAAAAUUAUGCUUUUCAAAAUUAAUUUUAUUUAAAGGAAAAGAGACGGAGAAUCUUCCAGCUGCUGGUAUACUCCCCAGUGGCUGCAAUGGCCAGGGCUGAGCCAAGCCAGAAACAGAAACCAGGAGCUUCAUCCAUGUCUCCUAUGUGUAUUCAUGGGCCCAAACACAUGAACUUUUCUCGGCUUUGUUCUCAGAGAUAUCAACAAGGAGCUGGAUCAGAAAUGGAACAGCUAGGACAUGAACCAGCACCCAUCUGGAAUGCUAGUAUCUUACGUGGUGCUUUUAUCACAGUGACAGCCCCUAAAAUUAUGCUCCUAUACAAAAAUGACUUUUCAUGAUUUCAAACUUUUAAUUCUAUUCUUUUAUUCUUUUAGUCACUUCUACAUGGGUAUGGGACAAUGGAUAUGUAUUAAUCAUAUUUAUGACUAUUUUCUAGAAGAGUGGUCAAUAGAAGUCAAAGUUUUUAUUGUUUUAUAUAGGUAUGUAUGGCUAAAUGUGGCACUUAAACCAUUUUAAGUAAACAUUUAAGUGGCAUUAAAUACAUCAUAAUGCUUUGCAACCAUCACCAGCAUCCCUCUAAAGAAUUAUUUAUAUAUUUUUUGCUACAUGCCCUACAAAAAACUGCUCUACUUUUUCUGUAUGAAUUGAUCUAUGCUAGAGCCUCAUAUAUGUCAAGUAAUAACAUAUUUGUUUUCUUAUAUUGGCUUAUUUAAUGUAGCAUAAUGUCUACCAGUUUCAUUUAUGCAUUUGUUCACAUGUUCUUUUUAAAGCUCAGUAGUUUUUUUCAUCAUGAAUCUAAGAUACUCUUUAAUAAAACUUCCUCACUUCAGUCUUUUGUGCAAAACACAAAGCCACACACAGAGAGCAACUUGUUUCCUACCUUGUUCGCUAUCUUGUUUUUCACUGUUUUAGCUCUCUCUCCCUAAGUCAUCAACUGUUCUCUAUGAGACAGGUACCUGGAAUGUCAGGCUCUUAUCACAGAUUCACUAUCUUUGAUAAUCUGCACAGGAUUCUGGCUGGGGGGGGGGUAUCUUUCCCAUGUCUGAGUGCUUAAGAGCAGCACGGCAUACCAACUCUAGCCAAAGGAAAGACACGCACAGCACUGCUGCCAUAACAAAGCAAAUUCCUAGCACCUCCACUGUUGAUGGCAUUUUGCAGGAGGUUUCCCUACGUUAGACAAACAGAUAGUGGUGUAUCAGAUCAUACGUAUGUCCUGUGCUUAGUGCGGGACUUCCUUGAUUCGUUAGGUCAAGGCCGUAUGCCCACACAGUGUCUCCAGACCGUCACCUCUCCCAAGUGAGGGAAGAUGACUUUCUCUGAAGGGAGGAGAGAACUUCCACUUUGAAUAUGACCUUGUCUAAAUAAGAUCAUAGUCUGCGAACUCAAAAGGCUUCCAUAGCCUUGGCAACUCUUGACAAGAGCCUAGGGUGAUAACUGACGCCAUAAACAAGAGUGUCAAUUAUGAAAUCAACAACAGGAGUCACUGUGCACUUACUCCCCAUGUAGGAUCUCUGUCCUUAAUGUAUUGUACAAUGAGAACUAAUGCUAUAACUAGUACUCAAUCAGUACUUGACACUUUGUGUUUCUGUGUGGGUGCAAA